AUGGGUAGGAAAGGAAUCAGCAAAAGCAAUCUCUUUGAUGAUAAAAGUGAUGGUUUUUUCUCAAUCUCCAAUCUAGGGUCUCAGUGGGGUGAUAUAGGUCAUUCUCAGGAACAAGGGUAUUAUCCUGUUGGUGGUUUAUUUGCAAGCAUGAGUCAAAUGGGAAUGGGGUUUGGUGGAGUUCCGCAACCAAAAUCUCCGUCUUCUGGAAACUCAUCCUCUCAACGAAACAAUGGGAUGAAGAUUCCCUGCACUGAGCUGUACAUUAGGUAUGUUCAAUCAGAAGGGAAGGUGAAGAUUCUCGGUGUUCCUGAUGAGGAGGAAGAUGAAAUAGUGGAAGGUGUUGAGAAAAAGAAAAAGGGUGAUCUUAAGAAGUUUAAGGUCAAGGUGAAAAAUCCUUCUUUGAGGAAGCUGAUUAGUGGGGCUUUUGCUGGGGCUGUUUCUCGUACUGCUGUUGCGCCUUUGGAGACUAUUAGGACUCAUUUGAUGGUUGGAAGUAGUGGUAAUUCUAGUGGUGAGGUGUUUAAUAACAUCAUGAAUACUGAUGGAUGGAAAGGGUUGUUUAGGGGGAAUCUUGUUAAUGUUAUAAGAGUUGCACCUAGCAAGGCUAUUGAGCUAUUUGCUUAUGAUACCGUUAACAAGAACCUUUCAUCAAAGCCGGGUGAAAAGCCUAAACUCCCGAUUCCUGCAUCGCUGAUUGCAGGCGCUUGUGCUGGAGUUAGCUCAACUAUUUGCACGUAUCCUCUUGAAUUACUCAAGACUAGAUUAACUGUCCAGAGAGAUGUCUACAACGGUCUACUAGACGCAUUUGUGAAAAUAAUUCGCGAGGAGGGUGCUUCAGAACUCUACAGAGGCCUUGCUCCUAGUCUCAUUGGAGUCAUUCCAUAUUCUGCCACCAAUUACUUUGCUUACGACACUUUGAGAAAAGUGUACAAGAAAGUUUUUAAGCAAGAGAAGAUCGGAAACAUUGAAACCCUUUUAAUAGGUUCUGCGGCUGGUGCUAUUUCGAGUAGCGCUACUUUCCCGCUUGAAGUGGCUCGCAAGCAAAUGCAAGUUGGAGCACUCAGCGGAAGACAGGUUUACAAGAAUGUGAUUCAUGCGCUUGCGUGCAUACUUGAGAAAGAAGGUAUUCAAGGUUUGUAUAGAGGAUUAGGACCAAGCUGCAUGAAGUUGGUUCCAGCGGCCGGAAUCUCUUUCAUGUGCUAUGAAGCAUGCAAGAGGAUAUUGGUAGAGGAAGAAGAUGAGGAAUAG